CACGGACGAUGAUGAUGAUGAUGAUGAUCUUAUGUUAAUUACAUAAGCAAAACGUAAAUGAUUCGCGGGAAAAGGUGAAAAAAUGGCGACGCGCACUGCCUGCAUUUCUGCGUCGCCAAUGCUGUAAAAAGCACCCGAAAGUCUCUCAAACAUCGCGAAUGGGACAUCGUGCUGCCACAAGAGGGGAUAUCUGCACUUUUGGCGCGUUUUACCCGCGGGACUGGAGAGAAAUCAAAGCGGAACUAUAGGUGUGUGUAACGUCAGCAUGUUGGAGUCGGCCUGUCGGGACGGAUAUCUGACAGCCGGGUCGGAAUCUCUAGAACCCAAGCACCUUCAUCCUAAUAUAGAGAAAAGCAUCUGUGACCAGGAGACCAGCUUGACUGUGGGCCAGUAUGUGCUCUGCCGCUGGUCUGAUGGCCUUUAUUACCUGGGCAAAAUUCAGAGAGUGAGCACCUCAAAACAGAGCUGCUUUGUGUCGUUUGAAGACAACUCCAAGUUCUGGGUUCUUUGGAAAGACAUACAGCAUGCUGGAAUCCCAGGGGAAGAACCCAAAUGCUCAGUGUGUUCCGACAUGUCUCUGGUUCCUGGUAAUGAAAUUCUUAUCUGCGGAAAGUGUGGAAUAGGCUUUCACCAGCUCUGCCACUUGCCCACGGUGGAGAGCUCAGCUGACCCGUCGCCUUGGUUCUGCAGAAAGUGCAUUUUUGCCUUAGCUGUGAGAAAAGGGGGAGCUUUGAAGAAAGGGCAGCUGGCCAAGGAUCUGCAGGCCAUGAAGCAGGUGCUGACCUAUAAUCCAGAGGAGCUCGAGUGGGACUCUUUGCACCGCACAAACCAUCAGCAGUGCUAUUGCUAUUGUGGAGGACCUGGGCAGUGGUAUCUGAAAAUGCUGCAAUGCUUUCGCUGUGAGCAGUGGUUUCAUGAAGCGUGUACGCAGUGCCUACAGGACUCCAUGAUGUUUGGAGAUAGGUUUUACUUGUUCAUUUGUGCGGUGUGCAAUAAAGGAGUGGAAUACAUCAAGCGGCUGGCUCUCAGAUGGGUUGAUGUGGUCCAUCUUGCCCUUUACAACCUGGGAGUCCAAAGUAAGAAGAAAUACUUUGAACUGGAGGAGAUCGUAGCCUUCAUCAGCAACAACUGGGAUCGUUUCCAGAUGGGCAAGCUCUCCAAUACCCCUCUGUCUGAGCGAGGCCAAUUCAUUCUCGAUGCUCUCAACAACUAUAAAAGCAAGUUUCUCUGCGGCAAGGAGAUCAAAAAGAGGAAAUGCAUUUUCCGACUAAGAACAAGGGUCCCUCCUAACCCACCAUCUAAGUUGUUCCCAGAGAAGGCCCAGAAGAGUGAAGCACAUAGGGGCCGCAAAAAAGCAAUCAGCAGAAGCAGUAACUCUGAUCCUGCAGAGAAUCGGAGGAAGAAGAGGGCCAAGUGGCUGCUGGAAGAUGCUAUUCCUAACAAUGACCUCACCUCCAGCUGGAGCACCAACCAUCAUAUGGCCAACAUCUUCGACUUCACGCUGGACGAGCUGCAGAGCUUGAAGAGUACCAGCUCAGGACAGACGUUCAGUUUGGACCAGGACUCGACUGACGCAGCCAGCACUUCUGGUUCUGCUACCACCAGUGUCUCCUAUGACUUCAGGAAAAAUGUGGGCAGUCGGAAGAGAAAAUUGCCCACCUCUAACUACACUUUACUGGCCACAAAACGAGAGCUGGUGGAGCGAGAGCCAAGCCCCAUCAACAUGCCUGGAGUGGAGCGAAAUGUCCUGAUGGAAAACGGCAUCGACAGCCACACGUUUGAGAGCAUCAGCGAGGAUGACUCUUCGCUGUCGCACCUCAAGUCUUCCAUCACCAGUUAUUUCGGAGCGGCCGGUCGGCUCACCUGCGGAGAGAAGUAUCAGGUUCUGGCUCGCAGGAUCACACCUGAAGGAAAGGUGCAGUAUUUGGUGGAGUGGGAAGGAACUACACCUUACUAAAUGUCACAGAACGGAGGUGUGGAGCAGAUGGGCCGCGUCACACAUAGUGAUUAUACUUGCAUUGCUUUUUCUCAAAGUCAUAGUUCAGAGUUCUAGUUUUGUUUACGUCAUUUUCCACAAACUACAUGUAGUAUUUUUUUUUAAUAUAUGCGUUUAUCUCAUCUGCGAUGGUAAAAUCAGUUUUUCUUGAAGUCAGUGUCCUUUUAGGGCACUUUAAACAUCACAAACCGGAUUCAGUGUAGUAACAAAUACUAACCGUACGCAGUAUGACAGCUGGUUUCAUUAUUAGGUAGGACACAAUGGACAGUAUUAUUCAAUAUGAAGUCAUUUUAUUAGUUUUCAGAUAUAAAGAGAGUUCACCCCCAUGAAUUCCAGGAUUUCAAAGUUCAUAUCAUUAAGUUUUGAGUUUAAAGGAAUAGUUCACCAUGAAAAUGAAACGUUUUCAUAAAUUACAUAUGGCCUUUUUGUUUUAAACAAACACAAACUGAUGCUGAAUCACAUCCUGGCUCUUCACAGAUUUAUAAUGAAAGUGAAUUCUGCCCGGAUUUUUAAAGCUCCAAAAACCACAUUCAUCCAUCAUAAAAGUAUUCCAUACAAGUAAUAUGAGUUAUUAAAUACCUUCUGAAAAAUGCCCACAGUACAAUCAAAACUAUAUAAACUACAACAACUGCUGUAUACACAUUCAAGUCGAGUUACAGUAUACGAAAAUAGGAUUCAGACUAAGUUGGCUGAGCAAAAAGUUUUAUAUUCUGAUCCUAUACGUCAAACUUUUCUUUCAAACUUUUCAUUUUAGACUUUUAAUCCCUGAUAACUGUUUUGAUUUGCUCUAAUAUAUGUGCUCUAGCUUUUUCUUUGUCAUACAUUGUAACUUUCUUGUGAACGGCAAUCAUAAUAAGGCUUUAAAUAUGUGUUUAUAUGUCAAGAAUCUAUUGAUUCAUUUGAGGAUGCGUUAAUUUAAACUUUGGAAUCAUAUGGAUUAUUUUACUGAGGGAUGAAUGCUGCUUUUUGUAGGUUCAAAAACACGGGCACCAUUCACUUCCAUUAUAAAGCUUGAAAGAGGCAGGGUACUGUUUAAUAUAACUCUCAAUUUGUUUGUAUGAAGUAAUUAUGAAUUUUGGGUGAACUAUUCUUUUAAAGAAUCAUUGAGCACUUAUCUUCGAAAGUAGUUUACUUAAAGUAAUUUGUUAUUUCAUUCAGUAUUUCGGGAGCAGGAAUAUUUAUAGCGAUUUGUACACAUUUUGUUAAGAUUAACAAUACAGCGGUACUUUUUAGCCAUGUUAAAAGAAUUAGUCAGCACUUUCGUUUGUCCUCUUCCACCAUCAUUUUUGAAUUUGUUCUAGGUGGUUAUAUAACCAAAGUGAUGCAAAUAUUGUUUUGAGAAGAUUGUUUUCUAUUUUAUAUGCUUUUGUAUGUUCAGAUUGGAUAAGCAAAAGGAAACUAAACGUGCAAAGUGAUCAUUUGCGUUUCAUUUGCAAUAGAUUUUAGGCUCUUUUCAACAUUUGCCCACAGAUGACCGUCAAAUUUAUGUUUUCAUACAAGAUCUCCAAAGAUUGCUGUUAUAUUUGAGAUGGAUUUGGAAGUGGAUAUGGCCACUUAUGUGACGAUUCGAAAGCUAUGUGAAGUUUUAAAGCUGUCAGAUUUUGUAAUUUGACUUGAUUAGUUUUAUAGUAUACAACAUUAUACAUAUAACUUUAUUAUUUACAUGUAUAUAAUUGGAUAUAAGAUUAGCCCCAUUUUAUUAUUGCACUAUUAACUUGUUUAUCAGCUAUGCAAGCUAUUAUUGGAUAAAUUGACCUAUAUUUUCUAAUUGAUUUUAAAGGGAAAAAAUGUAUACAAAGAUAUUUCUAAGAUUUACUUUUUACUUUUAUAACAUUUGCCCAAUGGAAAAAGCAUUUGUGAAACUGAAUGGAAAUUGCGACUGUUUUGUUAACAAAAUACAAUUUUUGUUGUAUUGAUCACAUUUUGUUUGUCAGCUUGGUCACAUUUCAAGAGGAGUUUUAUAUUUUGGUUACAAGUUUAACAAAGUUCAAAAGAGAAACAAGCUAUAGUAUUUGUAUAAGAUUAAAAUGAAUUAGUUUUGAAUGCUUUUAUGACUGUUUCUACACAUCACACUCAAAACCAUACCUUCUAAACAUGUUUGUUUUGUGUAACAAUGUUCAAACAUGUUAAAUGUGCAAACUUACAUGUGUCAUUAUUCAUUCAUUCCUGUUGCAGACCAUUAAAACAGUUUGUCAGGAAUACUUUAAA